AUGGAGAAAAUCUUGAGAUGUGUGAAGACUGCAGAAGCACCGCAUCAGCCACCACCACCACCUUCAACUCCUUCUUCCUCCUUCCUGCCUCCAUCCUCCCUAAUCCACCACCCCACAGGUCUGCCAGCACCAUCGUCUCAUCAUCAUCCAGGAGGAGCAAGGAGAAAUUAAGAAGAAGCCAACGAGGACCCAGCUGCUUGCAAGCUAUCGAUCGGCACCAGCCUUGGGUUUGAUCCCAUCGAUCGAUCCCAUGCCCGGCCGGCUCGACGACCCAUCCAUCUGAGAUCACCGGACGGCACCAACCGACCCCCAUCGGUCGUCGAUCCAUGGGGAGCGGCAAGGUGUUCCCAGGUGCCGCCGGCGCGAGCGGCCCGCCGCAGCCGCCGGGCGCCGUCUGCUGCAUAUGUGGCGACCGCGGCCUCCUGCCCGAGCUCUUCCGCUGCUCCGCCUGCUCCGUUCGCUCCCAGCACACAUACUGUACGGAGCGGUACCCGAAGGUGGAGUCGUACGGCGCCUGCAACUGGUGUCUGAGGGCGGGCGGAGGCGUGGCUUCUACUUCUAACUCGCCGAGAUCCACCGGCAAAGUGGCCGCCCGGCCUGCUGCUCACGGUGGCACGACCGCCGGCGGCGGCAGAUCGCCGAAGGUUGCCGUUCGUGGCGACUUUGCGUCGUCGAACUUGAGCAAGCCUAUCAAGAAGCAGCAGCCGCCGCAGCAGCGGCUCCUGCUGCGGCGGUCGGCGUCGGACCUGGGCAGCCGCGUCCACGACGCCCCGCCGUCGCCCGGCGUCGCACGGGGCAGGCCGAGGGUCCGGAGGUACAAGCUCUUGGAAGAGGUGAUCACUAGCUAACCUUGUGGUUUCGAUGUCGUGGAUGCCACGUGAGCGUUUUUUAGGUGUGUACGCGUGUAUAUGUAGACAGCAUGCAGCUUGUGCGGCCAUGCGUGCAUGCAUGCAUGCAUGGAUAUCUAGCUAGCUGUGUUGAGUCGUUAAUGUUUGUGGGCGUAAUGUACAACGUGAAGAGUACUACUUGCAUGCCAACGUGCAUGCGGUUCGAUCAUGCGAUGAGCGACUUCGCUUGAUCGUCGUCGGUUAGUUAACCAGCUAGCUGUUUUAGAGAGAGUUCUGCGUGUGCAAAUAAAUAAAGUUUUUUCUUUCGAUGAACA